AUGGAGCGUGCUGGAAGCAAGGAGGUGAGAGCAGAUAAAAGUAGGGAGGAGGUGGACCGCCAGAUGUCCAGCCAGCCAAGCACGUCCUUUGCAAAGAGCCCGGCAAAGGGGAAAAAACAAAGAAAGACAGUGAAAGAUAACGAUUGUAAACCAAAGGAGGAAGCAGGAGAUGCUGAGACUCCAAGACCCGCUCGUAGGAAGGUACCAAUUCCUCCUCUACCGGCCCAUCUGCCCCCAGUGAACCUGAUUCACCGAGAUGUUUUGCGGGCAUGGUGCCAGGAAGUGAAGUUGAGCAGCAAAGGCCAGAAAUUAGAUGCUUAUAAACGACUCCUUGCAAGGGCUUUCCCAGAUCAAAUGCCCGAUUUAAAGAACAUUCCCGACACACCCAAAGAGGCCAGAGUGAAGACAUUUCGAAAGAAAAUGAAGACAGAGGAGGGCGAAGUGCCUUGUCCUCAGAUGGCAGUUCCCCUUGAAGUGGUCCCUGUACCUGUACCCGAGGAGCAGGUACCUGCCCUUACUGAGCCUCCUGUGCUCUUUGAAGAAGUCAGCACCACUGUUGUGACCACAACUGCCUCGGAGGCCGUGUUGGCAUCUUGGGCCAGAAUUGCAGCCAAUGCUAAGAAAAAUGAGGCAGUGCCAUCCACGGCAACAUCAGAGACCUAUGGGGAAAUGUGGUGUGUGGUUCAUGGGAGAAGCCUUCCUGCACAGUCAAGCGGUUGGGUUCGGCUGCAGUUCCAUGCUGGACAGGCCUGGGUCCCUGAGAAGAAAGGGAAAGUGAUUGCCCUCUUCCUGCUUCCGGCCUGCAACUUUCCACCCCCACACCUGGAGGACAACAUGCUGUGCCCCAAGUGUGUUCACAGGAACAGGAUCUUAAAUAAGAGCCUCCAUGGAUAA